AUUCAUAAAUGAAAGAUAAAUUUGAUUACUAUUAUUUUACAAGUUAAAUAAGUGAUGGAGAGAAAAACCAGAUCGGGAAAGGUGACAAUUGCACCUCCUGUUGCAACUGUAGGAAAGAAAAAAGGUCGAAAGAAAAAAUCAGAAACUUCCGAAAUUCAACCAACAAUUGAAAUCUGCGAAGAAUUUACACCAACAACACGCACUAGAAGAAGUUGCCGAGGGAAAAAUGUAGAUCUCUUAUCAAUUGGAGUCAAUAGUGAUGCAUCCAUCAUUGAUACUGCAGAGGACAGUAAUUUGAGUAUAUUAACUUCAGAUUCAUCAAUUUUAAACGACACCACAACAACUUUGCCAGUGUCAAUGCCUUCUUUUUCUGAAACGGAUUGUUCAGUCACUGAUGAUGUUGAUAAAACUGAAAAAACUCUUCAAAUUGUUUUGGAAAGAGUAGAUGAUGCUAAAUUUAUUAAAAAAGAAGAAGAAAAGCAGCUGCCAGUCAUUAUUAAAGAGGAAAUUGAAGUUUUGAAAGAAGAUGAUGCAUUGGAAAAUCUCGAACAAAAAUUCAAUGAAGUCGUUUUAAAAGAAGAAUCGUCAGAAGUUCCACAAACAAUCAAAAUCGAAGAGAAUUUGAAAGAUAAAAGAAAUGUUGAGGAGAUUGAAGAUGUUGAAAUGAAAGAGGAGAAAAUUGAAGACAUUGCUGUUGCUGCUUUAUUGAAUCUCAGUGAAAUUGAAGAAGUUAAAAUUCCAAUAGCAGAAGAAAAACUUCCAAAUGAAGAGUCAGACAAAAACUUGAAAUUAAUUCCUGCAGAAGAUGAAAUUAAAAAAGAGGAAACAUUCGAUUAUAUGGAAAUUGACGAUGUUCCAUUUGUAAGACGAUCACGACGAUUACAAUGCAAUUAUAUGGAAGCUCAACAGAUAAAAAUCGAUGAUUCGACGUCACAGCCAACUCCUUCAGUUUCAGUUGAGUCGCAAGAAGAAUUGAGUUCAUCGUCAGUUGCUUUGAUGAAUCCAGUAACAACUAACGAACAAAUCACAGCGGAAGUCACAGCCCCAGAGAAAGAUGAAGUGCCUAAGGAAAAGAUUCCACAGAUUCAAGUUUCACAAGAAGUUAGAAAAGAAGUUCAUCACAUGGAUGAACGAUUGAAACGUUACGAGACAAUUCGUGACAAUAUUUACUCAAAAAAAUCGGAUAAGAAAGUCUGUAAAGUAAAUAAAACAAUGAAAUGUGAUUGCACGAUUACUGAAGAAGAAGUAAAGAAUGGAGAGUUGGGCUGUCAAUUUAAUUGCAUUAAUCGAAUCUUAUACAUCGAAUGUGGAGCAAAAUGUCGUUGUGGAGAAUAUUGCGAUAAUCAACAAUUUCAACGCUAUAAUUAUUCAGCUUGCAGUGUCUUCGAUACAACAACAAAGGGAUUUGGCAUCAGAGCUGAUCAAGACAUUCCCGCUGAAACUUUCAUCAUUGAAUAUGUUGGAGAAGUUCUCGACAAUAAACAAUUUGAAAAGCGAGCUAAAAAGUAUUCAGAAAAUAAAAAUAUUCAUUAUUACUUCAUGGCAUUGAAGAGUAAUGCGAUCAUUGAUGCAACAAAGAAAGGAAACAUUUCAAGAUUCAUUAAUCAUAGUUGCGAUCCGAAUGCUGAAACACAAAAAUGGACUGUGAAUGGCGAACUUCGUGUUGGAUUCUUCAGUCGAAAAGACAUUAAACAAGGUGAAGAAAUAACUUUUGAUUAUCAAUAUCAACGGUAUGGAAAAGAAGCACAGAAAUGUUAUUGUGAAGCCACAAAUUGUCGUGGAUGGAUUGGUGAGAAUCCACUUGAUGAAGCUGAAGAAGAAGAAUGUAUUGAAAGUCCGGAAAUUGACGAAACAAAAGCAAAGAAAACGAAAGGACGUAAAGGACGACAACCAAAAGCAACUCAACCUGAACAAGAACUUAAAGAUGAUUCUGAAUCUGAAGUUGAUGACAAAGCAGUGAACAAUGUCAAGCCAAUCGUAAAGAAACGAGAAGCAAGUAAAAAGCUUGCAGAUAAGAUGAAGAAGCGUCAAGAAAUGUAUGAAGAUUUGGAAAUUAAAGAAGAAAUUAACGAUUUGACAAAGUCUGGCCUUAAGAAUCGUGGCCAUACCAUCAGACUUGCUCGUUUAGUUGUUCGCGCUAAGAAUGUCGAUGCAAGAAGUCGAAUAUUGAAGAUUCUCAUCAAUGGAGAUUUGCCAUGUCGACGACUUUUCCUCGACUACAAUGGGUUGAAACUUCUUCACAGUUGGAUGAUUGAAUUGAAAAUGAUUUUCAUUCCUGAUCUUGAACUUUGCAUUGAAAUUAUGAAUGUUUUAGAGACAUUGCCAAUAACAAACAAAACAGUUUUGAAAACGUCAAAAGUUCUUGAUCGUGUCGAGAAAUGGAAGAAUUUAAAUCUUGAAUCGAGACUUGAGAAGAAGCAAGCAAAAGCUGAAAAGAAGAAAAAUAAGAAACAUGAAAUGAUUGUUGAUGAAAAUCAACCGAAAGAUGAGAAUGUUGUUGAUGAUUUAUCACAAAAGCCGGACGAGAAAGAUAAACUCACAACGUUAAUGUUACAAGUGAAAGAAGUUGCAUCAGAAUUACUCGAAAAAUGGGAAGCAUUGAAGGAAGAUUUUAAAAUUCCAAAGAAACAGAAACAAGAAAUUAUGAUUGUUCAUGAACGUGAAGCUGACAAUGAUAGUUGGGAUGAAGAUUCCCAACGAAACGACAUUCUGAGUCAAGAUCGAUUCAAAAAUCGUUUCGGUGACGAUCCAAAUCAAAGUGGAAUUAACAAAACUGUGAACGUUAAUUCAUACAAGAAGCAAAUCGAUCCGAUUGUAUCAAAACAACAACGUCGUCAUAUGUUUGAAAUGAAAAUGGCACAAAUUGAUACUGAAAAGCGUAUGAUGAUGUUGCAUGAGAAUAAUUGUGCGAUUUUUGGAUUAAAUCCACAAACAACAAAUCCUUUGGAUGUUCCAGUUCGAGUUAAUCGAGUAACAGGUGAAUAUAACACAAUUGAUGGACGAAUUGCUCCACCGCCACCAAAUCAUUAUCAAUUCAAAUAUGAACCAUUAACAUUGUCAACAAAUCCUGAUGAUUAUUUCUUGCCACCAAUUGAUUUACCCGAACAAUGGCGAUUUGCGAUCGAUGUUUAUGGAAGAAUUUAUUAUUAUCAUGAGAAAAUUCGUCAAUCACAAUGGGAAGCGCCAAUUAAAAUUCUUCCAUUGCGUGUUAAUGUUGAAGGUGAAAACGAAUCACCAGAUUCUGAUGAAUCGACAACAGAAACAGAAGAUUCGGAGGAAGAAGAGUUGAGAGAGCUGCUUGAGAUGUUGAAAAGAAAGAAGCAACUUCCACAAGAACAACAACCAAACGUCAAUCCUUCAACACUGCAAACAGGCGAUACAGAUGAAGAUGAUUUGGAGAAGAAGAUCAUGAGUAAUAUGAUGAAGAAUCCAGUUGAUCAACCUUUAAAAUUAUCACAAAGUCCUCAAAAACGAUUGACAAAGAAACGAAGUGGAUUAACGACAAUGCAAUUUAUUCGUCCACGAACAGAAGCUGAUAAAAUUUAUGGCCGUGCUGAAUCGAAACGAUAUAAAGAAUUGAAAGAGAAACUUCGUCAAAGAAAGCGUCGCAUAUUGAAAGGUGAACCUGGAAAUGAAUCAUCAGAAGAUGAAGAUGUGCCAUUGGACGAUUCAGUUGUUUCAGGAAAGUUUGUUGACGAACUUGACAUUCUCGAGAAAUCCGAACUUGAAGCGCUUCGUAACAAAAAAGAAAUGGAAAAGAAAGCAAAGAAAACCAAACCUGUUGUUCUUGAUCAAGCAGAAAUUCGACGACAAUUUAGAGAUGAAAUGUUGAAAGAAAUCGCGAAAUUUUUGCAACCAUAUCGCGAUGAGUCAUGCGAGAAUGGAAGAAUUUUGAAUGAUUCCGAUUUCAAUAGUUUAGUUUCAAAGCUCACAUAUUCAGUUCUCACUAAGGAAUCAAAACAUUGUCAUGGAACGAACAGCAUGUUGAAAGCAACUGAAUCUGUAAAAGGGAAGACAAAGGAAUAUAUUAAGAAAUAUAUGGGAAAGUUUGAAGGGCCAUAUCAACGCAAGGAAGACGAACAAGAUUAUGCAAAUAUUUUGAACAAGUUUUAA